UAGGAUUUUCUGCCGUUUUAUGGCAAAAAUGGCCACUAGUGAUGCUGUUCUAAAGAGACUGGAACAGAAGGGUGCAGAAGCAGAUCAAAUUAUUGAGUAUCUUAAGCAUCAAGUUGCUCUUCUUAAGGAGAAGGCAGUUUUGCAGGCAACCUUGAGAGAAGAAAAGAAACUUCGAGUUGAAAAUGCUAAACUGAAGAAAGAAAUUGAAGAACUGAAACAAGAGCUGAUUCAGGCAGAAAUUCAGAAUGGAGUGAAGCAAAUACCAUUCCCAUCUGGUACUCCACAGCAAGCUAAUUCUGUGGUUUCUGAAAAUGUGAUGCAACCUACACCAACAACAACCAUCUCUUCUGUUCUCAAAGAGCAGAUAAAAAAAGAGGGAGGAGAAGAAAAGAAGGUGAAGGAGAAAACUGAAAAGAAAGGAGAAAAGAAGGAGAAAAAACAGCAACCAUUAGCAGGAAGUGCUGAUUCUAAGCCUAUAGAUGUAUCCCGUCUGGAUCUUCGAAUUGGUUGCAUCAUUACUGCCAAAAAACACCCUGAUGCAGAUUCUUUGUAUGUAGAAGAAGUAGAUGUUGGAGAAACAGCCCCAAGAACAGUUGUCAGUGGGCUAGUGAAUCAUGUUCCUCUUGAACAGAUGCAAAAUCGGAUGGUGAUUUUACUUUGUAACCUGAAACCUGCAAAGAUGCGGGGAGUACUAUCUCAAGCAAUGGUGAUGUGUGCUAGCUCACCAGAGAAAGUAGAAAUUUUGGCUCCUCCUAAUGGAUCUGUUCCUGGAGACAGAAUUACUUUCGAUGCUUUCCCUGGAGAGCCUGACAAGGAGCUGAAUCCUAAGAAGAAGAUUUGGGAGCAGAUCCAGCCUGACCUGUGCACUAAUGAUGAGUGUGUGGCCACAUAUAAAGGAGCUCCCUUUGAAGUGAAAGGAAAGGGUGUGUGUAGAGCUCAAACCAUGGCCAACAGUGGAAUCAAAUAAGAUACAAUGCUUCUGUUACUGAACUACACUGGAGAAAGCUUUAAUAAUAAUAAAAAGGAAUAUAUUUGUCACUUAUACAUAAAAUAUGGCUGGCUUCUUUUGUAUUACUUCUCUUUAACAAUUAACUAGUCUUUUUCCUGGCCUCCAUUACUUUUAAUUGAUUAGAGAAGUACUACAUUUUUACCUAUGGUUUUGAGAAUUUAUAUUGGAAGAAAUUGCAUAUGGUUUUUUUAGUGGGGAUGCUGAUUAGCAGGUUGUUUUUUCUUUCUACAUGUAGAUAACUUGAGCUAGUUUAAUAAAGUUUAGUCCAUUAUUUGUAGGCACAUUAUACAUGAAACUUCAAGCCCUUGGAAAUUGAGUAUAUUGUAUACCUGAAUUAUAAAUGUCCUCUUCCCUGGGACUGAUGGAGUGGCUCAAGUGGUAGAGCUCAGGCCUAGCAACCGUGAGGCCCUGAGUUAAACCCCGGUACUGGGAAAAAAAAAAUGGCAAGCUAGUUUAUUUACCUGAUACUAUAAUUACAUUGAAAAUGACCACGUUUAUUCUCAAAGCCAAACAUAAAAACUAGGAAACAUGACAUUUGGAACAUUGUAAUUUGCUGCCGAUAACCUUGAUUUAUAAUCGAGUUGUUUUUUAAAAAACUGAAAUUUCCAAUUCUGUAUUGUGCUUUUUCUUUCCACUUAGGAAGACAAUUAGUAAUAAAUUUUUGACUAGAAUACUUAACGUUGGUGUAUUUUGUUUUUUGCAUGCCAUGAUAGUGUCAAAAUAUAAAAGAAUUUAGUAUUUUGCCAAAACUUGACAUACAGAGAUAUGUGUUAUUGUCAAACCCUGUUUUCACUCAUCUUACAAAUACUGUAGGAACCAUAAAAAUCAACAAGAAUUAUGUGUCAAGUUCACCAACCUUAUAGACAUUUUUUGAAAAAAACACAACAUUUAGUGUUGUAGAUAUUUACAUUCUCCAGUAAGAGAGAGAUGAAAACAAAAACCAACCCCAACUGUACAACAACCCAGCAAGUUACAAAAGAUAUAAAGUUAAUUAAAUCUGGGGUGGAGGAGAAAGCUGUGGUGGGCCAGAAAGUAGUACCAUUGUAAAAUGUUAUCUCUUCAUUCUGAAAAGCUGAAUAUGAGCAGAGCAUUAUUAGCAUCUAAUAAUAUUAACAUCUGAUAAUGCAAAAUGAAUUUCCAGUUUGUAUUAAAGAUAAGUUUUGGCAUAAUAAAGACUUUU